GCAGCCAAUCUCGUCUCUAUGACGCCGGCGAGGCUGGCUUCGGUGGAGUUUGAUUAUAAUAUUUAACACACCCACCCAGAAAGCGCACUAUAGUGCCCGACUAGACGAUGGCAGGAGACAGCCUAUAGACUGUACGGGACAAGAAAAAGCGAAAAUCUCCACCUGCCAAACAGACCUAGGCUAUUCUCUGAUUCGACUUGAACGCGAGACAGUCAGUGGCAGUUUCCCUUCAGUCGGCUCGCAUCCAGACAUAUUUCCAGGGGAUAGGUGAUCACCUGUUAUUUUGUGGACUGCCCGGCAUUUUUGACACGAAAUAAUUUGUUUCUUUCUGAGCAUUUAUGCUUUGAUACUGGACACUGAAACCUCAUUGCUUGUUUUCUAUUCUCUGACUUUUGUCAACAAAAAAAGAAAAACUGAACAGCACGCACACUUUCAGGCUCAGCAUUUUAGAAUGCAGGUUUUGAGGAUGGAACGGUGCUUCUGAUAUCCUACUUUAAAAACGACUUGUCUAUUUCAUUUGGGCACUUAUACAACGUAAUGAAAGACUACUUAUUGAACCAUUUGCAAUGAGUCGGCUUCUUCACCUGGAUGAAUAUGAAGAAUUCCAGCUUUUGUAAAAGAUCAACGCUCUGUGCGUAAGCACGGAGUUCCUGACAUAACACGGAUUAUGUGCGGAAUGAUCAGAGAAAAUCGUCAAACGAACCGCACAUCGUUUUUAUUGCGUAUUUCCAUUUGACAUCACCAUAGCCUGUAUGUCGUUGUUGUGCACCGCUUCUGCGGGUUGAACAUAUCUACAGAAAAGUAUUUGUAUCCUGUACAAAAUGAUCAAGAUGAUAAUGUUUCGUAAAUUUCGAGUGUUGAUACUAAUGGUCUUUUUGGUGGCUUGCACCAUGCACAUCAUGAUAGACUUGUUACCGAAAUUGGAGAAGAGGGCUGUUGGACCGGACACCGGGAACGGAGGCUGCCUGUGCGCUCACAAUCCUAGCGAGGAGCCGCAGAGCUGGGGGAAGCAACGUGUCAGGUCUGUAGCAGAAGCGGGCUGGCCUAACAAGCACACUCUGCGAAUCCUGCAAGAUUUUAGCAACGAACCGAGCUCAAAUCUCACGUCCCAUUCCCUUGAAAAGAUUACGGCCACUGGAGACAGAGCAGAGUCUUUCAAGCGGAUGAAACAGUAUGCUGGGAUCCCGGAGAACGGCAAGCCGCUCAUCAGAGAUACAAACGGCGGUAGGACCGUCCCCGCUUCCAGUGUCUCGCAACUCACAUCUCUGUUCGACCAUCCCUUAUACAAGACUGGCCUUCCGCCUCUCACAGACGAUGACACCUUGUUCAACGUCAAUACUGACAUCAGGUUCUAUCCAAAAGCAGCAGGGAAUCAAGAAUGGCAUGACGAGGGAAAUGAUGAAGAGGAGGAGUACCCUCCGACGGGAGAGGUGACUGCAGAGUCUUACCCCAACUGGCUUCGCUUCCACAUCGGGAUCAACCGCUUCGAGCUGUACUCCAGACACAACCCAGUGCUGGAUGCUCUGCUGAAGGACCUGGUCUCCCAGAAGAUCACCAGUGUGGCCAUGAAGUCAGGUGGCACCCAGCUGAAGCUCAUCAUGACAUUCCAGAACUACGGACAAGCUCUGUUUAAGCCAAUGAAACAAACCCGUGACCAAGAGACACCCCCAGACUUUUUCUACUUCUCGGACUUUGAGAGGCAUAAUGCAGAGAUUGCUGCCUUUCACCUGGACAGAAUCCUUGAUUUCAGGCGAGUGCCGCCGGUGGCGGGGCGGCUGGUCAACAUGACCCGGGAGAUCCGAGACGUGACGAGGGACAAGAAGCUCUGGAGGACGUUCUUCAUCUCCCCUGCCAAUAACAUCUGUUUUUACGGGGAAUGCUCCUACUACUGCUCCACUGAGCAUGCUCUGUGUGGGAAACCUGACCAGAUUGAGGGCUCGCUGGCCGCCUUCCUGCCUGACCUGGCCCUCGCCAAGCGCAAGACCUGGAGGAACCCCUGGAGACGAUCCUACCACAAACGCAAGAAAGCCGAGUGGGAGGUUGACCCAGACUACUGCGAUGAGGUGAAGCAGACACCACCAUAUGACCGUGGCUCUCGUCUUCUAGACAUCAUGGACAUGACCAUCUUUGACUUCCUCAUGGGUAACAUGGACCGCCAUCAUUACGAGACCUUUGAGAAGUUUGGUAACGAGACCUUCAUUAUUCAUCUGGAUAAUGGUAGAGGGUUUGGAAAGCACUCACAUGAUGAGUUGUCCAUUCUGGUGCCCCUGAGCCAAUGUUGCAGGGUGAGGAGGUCGACCCACCUGCGUUUGCAGCUGCUGGCCAAGCAGGAGUACUUGCUGAGCUCCCUGAUGGAGGAGUCUCUGCUCCGUGACCGCCUCUCCCCCAUCCUCAUCCAGCCCCACCUCCAUGCCAUGGACCGGCGCCUCCGUCUGGUCCUGCAGGUGCUGGACGGCUGCCUGGAGAAGGAGGGAUACGCUAACGUGGUGGAGGAUGACCGCACCAGGGACAGUGCCACACACAGGAACCCGGGACACAGGUAGUGAAGCUUGGGAUGGGGGACGGGAUGAUCAGCCUCCUUCUUUGUCAUGCUCUGGGUCCCAUCCUGGAGCUCUGAUUGGAGGGUGAAGCGUGCGGCGGGGCAGAGUCUGUCACUAAACCAUGCACCUCCAUUUUGAAUUCAGUGAAUUCCAAGACUUGCCUUCAAUGCCUCUAUGGACCCUGCCCUAUGUGUGUGUGUUUAUAAUAGAAGUACUGUUUGUUCACAGAAAAGUGAACAGACGGGAGAGGCUUGGUUUUGUUGAAGAAACAUAUUUUAUUAUUUGUAUAUGAGAAAGUGUAUAGAAGAUACAGUACAUAGAGGCCAUGAAUUUAUUUGUCAUUUGAGUGCAAAGUCUGUUGUUUUUGUGCUGAGCUGCGGUUUAUUGAUUCCGUCGUUCUAAAUCAAGUGUGAUAUUUCCAGCAGAAGGCAGAGAAAAAUGAUGGUCUAAAGCUUUAUUUUAAAAUACAAAGUGCAAGGAAUGGAUAUUAUUUAUAAGAUAUUUAAUGUGACACAUUUUGAUAAGUUUCUAAUAUGUUUUCACGCUACAAGCAUUUUUUUUUUUGUUUUAGGAUCUGCCCGUUAUGUUAAGUUAGUAUCUAGCUCUUAAUUUCUGUAGAUAAUCAAACAAAAGUUUAAUUUUAUCAUUCUUAGUAUGUUUCCACUCUAGAUGAUAAACAAGCAACAAGGAAACAGUAAAACUAUGUUGUCUUCUUCCACAAGAAGAAGUUUUCCUGUCAAUGUCCAUGGUGGUUGAAAAGAAAUCAGAUUCUGUGGCACACGUCUACACAUUCCAUUAUUCUCAAAUGAACCCGCACUUCCGGCGUUCUUUGUAUAGACUUUGAGACAAUUCAUCAAAACAAGGAACAUAAGUAUAUAUGAUGUGUGUACUUGCAGCUAAGCACGUGCUUAUCUCCGCUGUUCUGCAGUUCAUAUGACAUGGGGUAGUAGGAAAACUAAUGAAUUGUGCUACACUACAUACAGAAAUAUUCAUCUGUGUCAGCAUCUCUGAAGGGGAAUAUCAAGAGGGAUUUGAUUUGAUUCUUCAUACAGUGCUUUAAACACCUGCCCUUUUGUGCAUAACAUAUUUGUAUUCUUCACCAUUUUGCCCUUUCAGGUGGAACUAUUUUGUAAAUGAAAAUAGAUAUGUGGACAUGCAACUAUAGAGGUUUGACUGCACCAUGUAAAAGAUGUUUAUCAAUUAUAACAUCCACUGGUACAGCUUGAACACAUGCUAACAUCUACAUAGGAUGAAAGGUUGUUUUCUGUUACACUUCAGGUAUAAUAAAAGGUAAAUCGACAAAUUAUGCCUGUGAAGUACUGUAAAAUACUUUGACAUUGUCAUUAAUUUACGUGUAAAAAACUGUAACAGUUAAAGCCAUAAUUCGGAGUUGCUGCAGCUGGUUGGCUUUUUUGUGCCAGUGCACCAUCAACAGCACCAAACUCAGAAUGUUUUCAUUCUAAUAACUACUGUACAUCCAGCAGCUCCGGGGAACUCAGAGCUAACUAAUGGCCCUGAAAACUCCAAAUUAUGUCCAAAAAAAAAUAUUAUUCGGUUUCUGACAUUGCUUACUUAUUUCAAGCUUCUUUUCUGGUUGGUUAUUAUUUAGUGUCGCAUCCACAUAAUUUUGGAGAGGAAACAGAAAAGUUGUUAGAAUUUAGAAAGCAAUGAGACGGAAACAGACAUUUACUUUCAAAGCAAAGUCCUAAAGUAUGGUUUACCAGUGCCUCUGCAAAGAUGGAAAUACUUGAAUGUUUUGGGUUGCUACAUAUAAACAGGAUCUGUAAACUACUACACUACUAAUCAGCCUGUGUGACUUGGACCGCCAGGCAGACAAUAGUCUAGAGUGUGGAAAGGGUUAAUCCACCCUUCUCCUGCCAGCGAUAGCACCAGAACACAUACUUUGGAUUUUCAUAUUCAGACUGUAAAUAUAUAUAAGUACUUUGAGGACAUUAGAGGCUGCUCUGCUGCCCGUAGCCAUAUGCUUCUGUUUUCUUCAACUGCAUUGUUACUGUGAAGAUAAAUAUGUGCAAUAAAAAAAGAAAUGA